AUGGCUGCUUUUCGAGGCCAUCAGAAUUUUAGAGGUGGACACUUUAAUCGAGGUCGUGGUAACUAUCCAAGUACCCGUGGAAACAAUGGCGGUAAAGAGGCUCAUAUUUCUCACCCUUCCAAUCCUCCUCAACAACCUAAUGACUCUUUAGCUCCCAUUAUCACACCUUCUAUUAUACCUUCUAUUAUACCUUCUCCACCACUUGAUCCUUCUCAACACACUUUCUUCAAUACCUCUGUCAGCAGCAUAUCUAACACCCAUCCCAUGCAAACGCGUUCCAAGUUUGACAUUUCUAAAAAGAAGGCAUUUCACUCAUUUGUUGCUUCGGAUGUUCCCAGUGAUCUUGCCUCCUAUUCUGUUGCAUCCAAGUAUCCUGAGUGGCGUGCAGCCAUGGCAGAAGAGUUUGCCGCUCUUCAAGAGCAAGGUACAUGGUUGUUUGUUGCACAGACUGAUGGCAUGAAUGUCGUUGGAUGUAAGUGGAUCUUUCGCACCAAAUAUCAUCUUGAUGGCACAAUUGCUCGGUAUAAAGCAUGUUUGGUUGCUAAAGAGUAUCACCAUGUUGAAGGAUUUGACUUCGAUGAGACAUUUAGUCCUGUUAUCAAAAAGCCAACUAUUCGUAUUAUUUUAACUCUUACUGCCACUUUUGGUUGGAGUUUAACUCAAUUGGAUGUUAAGAAUGCUUUUCUACAUGGUUCCUCAGGCAUGGUUUUGUUUUAUGUGGACAACAUCAUUGUUACAGGCCAUGAUAAUGCUUAUAUGCAAACUUUGAAGAAUGAUUUAGUUACUGAAUUUCAAAUUUCCGAUCUUGGUGAACUUAAAUACUUUCUUGGUUUGGAAAUUCACAAACAUUCUUCUGGACUAUUUGUGAACCAAGCUAAGUAUCUUACUGAUUUACUUACUAAGUCUGGCAUGCUUAAUGCCAAAGCUUGUGCCACUCUUAUGUCCCUACCAUGGAUUUCGUUACUUCAACUCCUCAUUUCUCUAAUGUAUCCUUAUAUCGACAACUUGUGGGAUCAUUACAAUAUCUUACUUUUACUAGACCGGAUAUCGCUUUUGCAGUUAAUAAAGAUUCUCCGUUAUUUGUGUGGCACGAGGGAUCUUGGUGUCUUGUUUCGUCCAGGAGAUUUAUCUCUUACAGCCUACUGUUAUGCUGACUGGGUCCAUGAUGCUCAUGAUUGUCGCUUAACGACUGGUUUUGUCACCCUUCUUGGUAGUAGUUCUAUUUCUUGGUCUGCCAAAAAGCAACAAAUAGUUUCUUGA